ACGGGACUCAAGUCAAUUAUACUAAAGAAGACGGCUUGAAAUGCCAGACAAAAGCGAAAUGACGGACUCAGAAAACGAAGCGGAAAUAAAAGCGAAUUCCGACGAGGAAGAAGAUUUAGUCAAUCAAGAGUUGGAAAACUUAAAGAAUGACGACAGUCCUUCACCUUCGCCACAAGCACAGGUUAGCAAACAAACGCAAUUCCGAACUCAUCCUAUACAUACAAACAGCAAUUCCGAUAUAAACACGAUAUAAACACAACACAACUUUCGCUUAACACUCAGUCGCAUGCAACAUGCUUACAACUCGAGUUGUAAUGGGUAAAUCAAGCACACAACCAACGAGGUUGGCAUGACACAACUCGCCUACGUCGGGCUACGACAUACGAUGUCGUUGGCAAGUUGUGUGCUUAAUUUAUACCGGCACAAUUCGAGUUGUAUGGGACAGUUUUAAGUUCCAUACACUCAGACCGAACGCGAUUCGACAACGCGACGCGAAUUUUCAGUUUUCAAAAGCAAAUAAAACCGUCAACGGAUAAAAAAUUUACAAGAUAUGCAGACCAAAUAGCUAAAAUUGCUUAAGUGGUUCCGAAUAUUUGAAAAACAUAGAAAAAUAUUAAAGUUAAAUGUCGUUGAAAAAUGAAAAUUCGCGUCGCGUUGCGGCAAAUCGCGAUCCAGUCUGUAUGGACCUUUAGGCAAACUUUUCUGGUGUAAAUCGACUUGUGUCAUUGUCGGAGUCCUUGACAAGUUCAUGCAUGGCUUUUUCGAGGGAUUUUUUGACAAGUUUUAUCUAAUAACUAAAUAAGUUCUGUUUAUUGCCAAUUCCUUUUUUCUGACAGCUUUGUACGUUUGCUUGAAUUCCGUUUUAGAAUAUAUUAUCAUUAUUAUGUUAGUUGUAUAUAAAGUUUACUCGUUCUAACGAGCGGCACUGAACAGCCAACAGCGGUGCGGGCGAAAUUUUUUACCGAUGAAGAGGCACUUGAAUCGGAAGUGUUGAAUCGUGAAUGACCGCGGCAUAUACAAUUCGAACGGGUUUUGUAUUCAUUUCAUGGCGACUUAAACCAGAAUAGUCGCGAGCGAAAACACAUGACUGGGCAAGUAAAUUUUGCUUUUUCGUGACUAUACUACGAGAUGUUUUCACAAAACAAAGCAAUUAAGCCUCUCUUAGAAACUAAAAAUAUUUUUAUUAAAAUACGUACUGAAACAGAAAACUGAUUUCAAAAUGUUUGGAGUUGCACCAAAACAAGUAUUUUCACAUCUUUGGAACAACGUCAAUGCGAGUUGGCGAGGAGUUAAAAACGACAUAAAAUCUGUCGUUCAGCAGAAGAUAACGAAUCGUUUUCCCCGAACUUAGACUUAGCCGUUUGUAAGGUUAUUUUAAAUCCAGUUCCACUAAAUCAAGUUCCUUAGCUCCCAAUCUUGAGCAGAAAUUGAGACCGCGUAAUCGAAUCCGGGUCGAACUAAUCCAGGCCAGGGUGUAUAAAAAUGAAUGCAUAUAGCACUAUAUACAGGAUGCGUAAAACAGAAUACAAGUGAAUAGGCUAUUAUGCAUGACGAAGUUAUUUAAAACUUCAAUUUGAUUUCGUCCAACAUAUGAAUCAUAUGUACUAUAUAUAGUCUACUAUAGGUAAAUGAGAUAAAUUCGAUGUGUUCACAAUUUAAACAAAUCAAUUAUAUUUCUAUUUCGACAUCAAAACUAAUCUAAUGAACUUGCUAAGCACCUAUUAAAGGCCACAAAAUUAAAGAUGACCGAAUGUUUGUAAUAAACAAACAAAUAUUCUGGUAUAUGUCUACAAAGAAUCAGAGGUCAUCCUAACGAAAAUUUAGAGCUGCCAAUUUCGACAACAAGAACAGUUUGUGAGUCGGUGACGCGAACAGCCCAUCGGGGAUCCAACACCAUAAAUAAACGCCUCCGUGAAAAAGAUGUCAACGAUAUGUCGUUAAAUUUUAAUACUCAAAGACAAAGUCAUUUGAAUGAAAAUGGAGUUUAAUUUGACGCAGCUGGUAGAACAUUAAAAACUCUUUUAAGUUGUUUUGUUUUUCCGAAGUUUGUGCUAUAUAAAUAACAAACUUAAUAGUUAAUGGCUACCCCCAAUUUGGCCCAAUGCUCUGUCAACUGAGCUACGCGGUCAGGUCGGUUCGAGUAUGUGAUAUUUUGGAACUGAGUCUUGUUCCUUCGAUAUCAAUGCAAUCUAGUAAUCAUGAUUUUUCUGUGUUGGUGUUGUGUACUCAGGUGAAUGUGAUGUUUGUGAUUUUACUCUGAGUGUAUAUCCACACCGGUGUCCCAGCAGAUUUGGACCCCCUCAAAAUGGACUCCCCGGUCCAAAUCCGCUAGCGAAUAUGGACCUAUGGGGGUCUUUAUUCGCUAGCUAGCGGAUUUGGACUCCCCUCGCGAUUUUGGACCCCUCGCGUAUUUUGUCAUUGCAACUUAUCGUAUUUUGAAUAUUGUACUGAAAGCGUUUUAAAUCGUCAUAAAUCUCAUCUGAUUUAUUUUAAAAACCGUACGAAGAUUUUUAGAUCAAAUUAUUUUUGCCCUAAACUUUUAUAAAAUUAGCAUCUCAAUACUUGUUUCGUCAUUAAGCAAAUUCCCGAUAGUUGAGUCAUGCCAUUAGUUAUCAUAAUUUAAAUUAAACUGACGCCUAAAUUUCCAUGCACAUUCAACUGCAAAUCGUUUCAAAACUUCUUCUUUUUGUGAAUUUUAGGGGUCCAAUUCCGCGGAAGGGGGUACAUAUCAGCUAGCGGAUAUGUACCGUAGGGGUUCGAAUCCGCUAGCUGAUAUGGACUGGAGGGUCCAUAUCCGCGGGGAGUCCAAAUCCGCUGUGACACCGGGCGGGCUUGAAAAAUAUGCCUGGAUUUUUCGUGGAUAUACACUCAGUCUCAGAGUAACAUCACAAACAUAUUCACCUGAGUACACAACACCAACACAGAAAAAACUUAAUCUACGCUGUUGAGUUUUGGAGCUUUAUAUGAAAAGCAGUUAUAAAUAGUAUGCUCCUGCAUGUACAGAUAUUUGAGAGCUUAUAAGCAGUUCGCGUUCAACGACAAACGUCAGGCAAAGAAAAAAAUUAUGCUAUAAUUUAUACUAAGCAAUAUGAAAAAGUAAAUAGGCUUAUUGUUUUAUAUAAAGUAGAAUGCUUAACUAUUCCUGUGUCAUAUAAAAGCAAAUCCUGACGCAAGGGACCUUACGAUUUAGGACGGCAACGCGACGGCAACGGCUACCAAUACAAUAAACCAUCGAAAAGAAUUGAAUAAUUACAGUGUAUGAAUAAUUUUGACAUUAUCACGUCUUGAUACAACGGCUGCAUUUCAAGCCGCAACAAGUGCAACUUCAAACUGGGUUCAGCAGAACUCUUCCCAAACAUAAAACCCAUCUCUUCAACUUCUAAGACUGUAUUAAAUUCAUACGAUUGAUAAUAUACCACGAAUUAUCUUUACUACCAUUUAUUUGAAGGAGUUUGUUUUGGCCGUUGUCGUCGCGCGUUGCCGUCCUAAAAUCGUAAGGUCUCUAUAUGGCGCACAGUGACGCACUGACGUGUCCAGGAUUUCUAGCAUAGCUAGACAUAAAAUUUUCAUUACAAGAAAAAUGAAAAUAUAAUGCACAUGCUUGUGUUGGUCAGAAUUUUUCCAAGGCGCGAUAGAAAAGAGCUAAUAGUGUUUUAAAAAACGGACUAUAUCAAAUUCCAAUUUUUCAUGCUAAUUUCUGUAUCUACACGCGUGAAAACGCACAAGUUGUAACAAACCUGCGGCAGACUUGUAGCAAUGCUCAUGUUCCAACAACUUGUCAUCAGCUAGGAUGUGUUCGCACUGCUUGUUCCCAGCUAGUAGACAACUUGCUACAAGGUUGUUGAGCUCAAAAGACCUAUUACGAGUUGUUCCAACAACUUGUUAUCGUCCUGCAAUUCGUCAAGCUGUCGACAAGUUGUGAGUGACAUUGUUACAAGGUGUUGACAAUCUUGACAAUCUUGCUACAAGCCUGUUGGCAGGGACGCCAAAGUGAAGGCAAAGGGGGCAGAUUUUCGUGAAAGGGCACUUUUGAAUUGAUAUAUAUACUAAGAGAUGUUUGCCAAACAUCGGGAGUUGAACUUUUCCUGAUCAUGUUUUCUAUUUAUUGGAUGAUAGAGGUGUGAGGGGGUUCUCCGCCAGGCGAUUGCGCUCUUCUUGAAGCUCGAUGACUGCAUUUCUUGCGUUUUCUGAAGCAAAUUCGUAAAAGAAUCGCACUAACAUUUCUGACAAUUCGCUAUUUCGCCAAGAAUUGAAUUAAUUUUCAUCCAAUCAAUAUAUUUCACAUGCAGGUAUCCAGUAUUAUCAUGUGAGCAAAAUACAGCAAUUUGGUUAGCUAAUUUACUCAUGAAUUAUUAAUGAGUUUAUUUUAGGGGGGGGUAGCUCAAGCCCCCGCCGUUUAUGACGUUUCUUCGCGGUUGGCGUUUCCCUCCCUCAUGGAAGCAUUGCCGUCAGAUCUGACAUGUCUUAAUAAUUCAUUUAUUCCAAAAGUAAUAUAAUUUUAAAAACCUAUAGCAAUUCACUUAUGACAUGACAUUAUAUCAUUUAAUUGACCAAUCAGGAACCGGUGUACGCCACUGCCCCUACAUGUUAACUGCAUUUAUUAUGGCAACCAGUCUAAAUGCAGGUGCUUCCGUGUGUAUUGUUCUGAGUAAGAAAUAUCAUUAAAGCUUAAAGCAGCUGUUUAAAUAUAACUUGCUUGCUGAGCGAAUGACAUGAAAUUCCCCCAUGAAAUUUCACGUUAAAUGUUGCAUUUAAUCACUAAAAGAACCCCGUAAUAUUACUUCCAAAAAAAUUUAAAAUCGAGUUGGGGUGAAGUGCCUUAAUGAACCGUAAUCUCACAUCAAAAUGCACUGUUUAAAAUUGUCAAAAAAUUCGUUUAAUUAUAUACCAUGUCUAGCUGAUAUUAAUAAUUCAAUAUAAUUGAUAUCUCAAAAUAUUCUUGUUCGCUUGACACGUUGCCUAGUAUCGGCCAGAAAUUUAACUAACAACAUUAAAAAGGCACUCGAGUUUGCCGCCUAUCUGUUGUCUGACGAGCAUACUGUCCUCUUAAAACAGUCAUUAACAGCAAAGUCAUAUUUAUUUUGUCGUUCUACGCUUUUCUAGCAAAACAUGACGGGCAGCCAAAGAAGCAUACAGAGCUCAAAGUCUAAAGGGUCUCGAAAUAGCGUCGUCGGCGAUAGCUUGGCGAGCGUUCGAAGCCAGUCGGUCGGCAGCCCUAUGCCUCAGUUCUUGAAAGAGCGUCUUAAAGUCUUAUUUGUGUACCCGUUGGAAAAGAAAUACGAAUGUCCAUCGUGUGACGAAGUUCUCCGCUAUCCGGUACUGUUUGAAGAAUGUGGACAUCGGGUCUGCUCGCAUUGUUUUGAGACUGAGAUAAAAAGGUGAGUGCAUAAUAACAGCAGUAAGUCCGUCGGACACCCUUUGUGACACAUUAAAGUUAGGUUAUUAAAGUUAGCCGUAAAAAAUAGUGUUGAAGUGUUCUAUGUAUAAGCUGGUUUGUGUUUGAAUGACUUGGAAAGGAUUAAAAACAUAACAAUUUGUGACGCCGAGAUCAGAUUAGCUCGUCGUGAGAAAGUUGUAUAGUCGCUUGCUAUAUAAACGGCUCGAAACACCGGAUCUUCUUGAGGUACGGUAGUUCAGGCACAAACCACGAUAGCUUGCGUAUAACUACGUUAAAGCUAAGUUUGUCUAAAUUUAUGGGACGUCAGUGUUAUUUUCAGGAAACUCUUGUGAAUGGCAUCUCGUUUUAGUAUUUGAACUUGUGUAGUUUAAAUUUGUAUUUGUGUUUAAGCUGUGACGAAUUUUAUUGAACUAAAAACAAUUACAUUCAUAGGCCAGCGUUUCAAUUGUAUUAAAAGUACGCCAUAGUAGUAUAUACGACUCCAUUUGUCACACCUUUGGCAGUUUGGCUUAUAUAUAGUUAGAUCAUACAAUUAAGUAUCAAGCAUGAAAUUAAGCCCCAAAAGCUUCACAUACGAGCAAAUUUUCUUUGACAAGUUUCAUUUGCUCGUGUGUACAGCAAAACAUUGACAAUCUUUCCUUGCCAAUGUGCCUUGUAUUAUAGUAGUAUAUACGACUCCAUUUGUUACAUCGUUGGCUUAUAUAGUUACAUCAUACAAUUAAGUGUCAAGCAUGAAAUUAAGCCCCGGAAACUGCACAGACGAGCGAAUUUUCUUUGAAAGUUUCAUUUGCUCGUUUGUACAGCAAAACAUUGACAAUCUUUCAGUGCCAAUGUGCCUUGUUUUAUAGUAGUAUAUACGACUCCAUUUGUUACAUCGUUGGCUUAUAUAGUUACAUCAUACAAUUAAGUGUCAAGCAUGAAAUUAAGCCCCGAAAGCUUCACAGAUCAGCAAAUUUUCCUUGACAAGUUUCAUUUGCUCGCGUGUGUACGGCAAAACAUUGCCAAUGUGCCAAUUGCCAUUAACAACAUUCCAUUCCGUGCACACGAACAACAAAACUUGUAAUAGAAAAUUUUUGUCAAGGAAACUUGUUUCACGCAUACGUGAUAAUGUUUUAUCAAUAUAUCAGUGUUUGAAUUUUGUCAAUUUCAAUAACAUUUUAGAGCUGAUAACAGGAGAUGCCCUACUGAUCGUGGAAAGAUUGAUGUUGAUUCGGUAAGCAUUUUAUUUCAUGUUCAUUAUUGUUUCAUUUAUCACUGUAGAAGAUAAACAACACGCGCCCUUGAAACUAUAUAAUGUGCAUAAUAUACCUAUUGGAUGUUUUGACUAUAUAGAUUCAGAAUUCUUAAUUCGGUUACUAUACGUUUCUCAAUAGACAACUUGCAUGUUAGACAAAUUUUUGAUCUAGCCGAUCUAGGCAAAAAAAAGUAAAUUCCCGUUAAGAACUUAUUAAAAUUAGUACACUUGCAAAAUUUGGUUGCGAAAUGUUGUAAAGCUCGGAAAAUAUAGCGUUGCAAAGUUUGCAUAUUUUCAGUAUAUUUGUAUUAUGUGCGGAAAUUGUUACCAUUUUCGGCUCAAAAAUUAAUGGUAACAAUUUCCGCUCGUAAUACAAAUAUACUGAAAAUAUGCAAACUUUGCAAGGCUAUAUUUUCCAAGCUUUACAACAUUUCGCAACCAAAUUUUGCACUUUUACUAAUUUCAAUAUGUUCUUUUUAGCUGUGGUGUCUGAUUCCCUUUUCUCUGCUUAGAUUAAAAUUUUGUCUGACAUGCAAGUUGUCCAUUGCCUUACCUGAAAUAAUGUUUGAAAAUGUGUUCGGUGUUUUAUUUGUAAAACAAUGCUAAAAUAAAGCGGUUUUCUCAUCAGAGCAGGCGCCUUUUAUCUUUGAGAUCGUGGGUUUGAUUCUCGCUAUGGACCCAUGUGAAAAGACUGUCGGUCAACGCUCUGCCGAAAGUCGUGGGUCUUCUCCGGGUGCUCCGGUUUCCUCCCACAGGGAAAGUUGACAGGGUGGGUUAGGAUAAACACAGUUAAGAAAGUAAUAUCACAAUUGUUGCAAAGUUAAAAUAGUCCAGGCUAAGUAACUAUAUAUGUAAUUAGGUAAGCGUAACACUUACCUAAUCAUAUCGAUCCACGUCAUAAAUUGCGCUGUAGAAAUGUGCCAAUAAGUCAUAGAUUUUAUGUCAAUGCUUUCGAGUUGGCGCUGCAAUCGCAGUGCCGGCUCAAAAGGCAAAAAGUUAUAGAUUUUAUGUCAAUGCUUUGGGUGACUGUAAACUAUUUAUUUUGUAUAUAAAUGUCAGGAUGGUGUUUAAACGACCAAUUUAUAUUAAAUAGAGAGAAUAGAAAAACUUUAUUUACCCACGCUAACCCUGUCAACCGAAGCUGAUUUCCACAGCCCACAGGGGGCGUGUAAAAAUCUAGUAACACUUCAUUUUUUGUGGCAAAUUAUUGUCUAAAGUUGCCUUAACAGUAUUAUAAUUAACGGAAGGAAUUUUGUGCGUUUGUUGACAAUAUUUAGAACCUUGAUCAAAUUUUGCACGAAUUUGCCUAACUAGAAUAUUUCAUUUUGCUCUGGAACGUGUUGUUAGUCGUAAUCAUUAUUUUAUAUGGUACGCCAAAGAGAAAAUGAUGUCAGUUAAAUAUGGUGUCAAUUUCAAAGAAAUAGUAUUCAACCGACUCGUUUUAGUACUAUAAAAUAUUUUUUGUUUUUCAACCGGCAGUCGCAUUUGAAAAGGUAAAUAGCCUAUAUUAAGUCACGUAGCCACAGUAGAACAAUGUCGCCUAGCCAAGCAGGUUGCCAUUUUUUACAAGAUUGUUUUUCAAGAAAUUUAGAGAGCAGUCAUUAUUUACGGCGGUGGGGACACCGAAGAGGGGUUGGCUAAACAAAAUUUUGAGCGAGUAAAAGGUUGGGUAAAUGAAAAACAAAACAACUCAAGGGUUGGGUAAUAAAAAUUUAAUUUAAGUCAUUUCCAAAGCACGCGACUCACUCAAAUAUUGAAGACUAAAAUGCAAUGUCAACAUGCAGUCAUAUGUCAAUACAAUAUGUAAAGCAAUCAGAGUCACUAUCUUGAUCAUUUUCCGAUUUGUCAGGAGGCAAAUGUUGUCUCCAAAGAAAGUAUAUGUGCAGACAACAUCAAACUUUAGACUGCAGAAAAUUCCACGAGCAGUUAUCAAACUCAUGUCACAGAAGUGGUAAAGGAUAUGUGUGACAAUUGAAUGGGGUCCUGAAUGGUAUCCUUUUGUAAAAUUUUUGUCCAGGGGUGGAUAUUUAUUUUCUAAUGAUAUUUGAGGUUGAGUAAAACAUUUUUGGACUUUUAAUGGUUGGAUCAGAAAAACAUUUGCCAAGAAAAACAUUUCUCUUCGGUGCCACCCGCCCACCACUAUAAAUAAUGACCGAUCCCUUGUAGCUCAAAUUUGAAUCCGUGCAAUUCCUCAGAAACGUUAUCAAAGUUUCCAACAAUAUUUUAUGCAAAUACGUCAGAAAGAAAGACUUCCUAAAUAAUUGACAAGCUCCCAUGUUGUUUUAUUUAUAUACAAUGUAUUUUAGCCUUAAUGGCGUCACGCAACGAAUUAUAUUAUUCCAAUCAAUGUCGAAAUUUGUCAAACUAUAUUGGCUAGAAGUUAUCGAGUAUUCGUUACAGCAACAGUUCAACGAAUAUUGCUGCUUUCCAAAAAUUAGGGCUCAAAAGUAUAGACGAGUUCUGAUAAAAAUGUCAACAAAAUUACCAAAUGAAUUCAUGUUAUUUUUUGUUGUUUUUAUUCGUGUAUUUAAAACUGCCGCUUGCUAUAAAAUUACAUACCGCUGGCUCAACCUCUACUAUAACAACUUGCGCGGAGCCUUUACACACGUAAAAACGCACAAGUUGUAACAAACUUGCAGCAGACUUGUGGCAAUGCUGUUCCAACAACUUGUCAACAGGAUGUGUUCGCACUGCUUGUUCCCACCAGCUUGUUGACAAGUUGUCGCGAUGGCUUGUUGACAACUUGCUACAAGGUUGCUGAGCUCAACCGACUUGUUACGAGAUAUUCCAGCAACUUGUUAUCGUCUUGCAACUCAACAAUUCGUCAACAAGUUGUGCGUGACAACCUUGUAGCAACUUAAUAAAAGAAAAAGGAUUGUUACAACUUGAUGACAAGCUUGCUACAAGCCUGUUGCGAAUACGUCUUGUUGACAAGUUGUGAGAUUUUUAAGUAUGUAGCAUAUGAGCUUGUCUUGUCUUACGACAGAUAAUCCAUCAGACUGACGAUGCCUUUUGACGUGAGAAAUUUGAACAAUCAACACGCGUAAAAAUAUAUCUCACACUUUGAAACAAGUCUGCCAACAAGCCGUCAACAAGUUGUGUUCGCACUGCUUGUCCCAAGUUGUCAACAAGUGUGGAACAAGCUGUCAACAACUUGUAACAACCUUAACUUGUUGCAAAAACUGUUCCAACAAGUCCGAUACAGUCAUGAUAUAACAAUAUUGUUACAACCUUGUGUCGUCAACCUUGUAACAUUCUUGUUUAUCAUGACUGUAUCAGACUUGUUAGAACAACCUUGCGACAAGUCUGAUAAUGCCAUCAAGCUUGUUACAAGUUGUUAACAGUUUGUUUCAAACUUGUUACAACAACUGGGAACAAGCAGUGCGGAGACAACUUGUCAACAGCUUGUGAAUAUAUUUGAAACAUCUUGUUUGCAGACUUGUAACAACUUGUGCGUUUUUACGUACGUAGAUCAUACUAAAUUUAAAUUUUUUCACCUAAUUUUUUCUCUAUAAAUAGGCAACAAUCGACAAGGAAUUUAACAAGGUAAUUCUUGGUCUGGAAGUGAAGUGUUCGAACCACGAAUGGGGAUGUAAAUGGGAAGGUGAAUAUCAACAGAUACAGGUAAGACUUUCUUACGUCGUAUUGUCUAUAAAUAAAAGCAUCUCUCGAAGCAUAGUAUACUGAAUAUUGAAUACUACAUGCCCUUCCAAACUACACACGCAAAAAUAUCACAUGUUGUAGCAAGUCUGCCAACAAGGCGUCAUCAAGUUGUGUUCGCACUGCUUAUCCCAAGUUGUCAACAAGUUUGAAACAAGCUAUUAACAACUUGUAACAAGCUUGAUGAUAUUAUUAGACUUGUUGCAAGAUUGUUCCAACAAAUCCAAUACAGUCAUGAUAUAACAAUAUUGUUACAACCUUGUGUCGUCAACGUUGUAACAUUCUUGUUAAUUUCAUGACUGUAUCAGACUUGUUAGCACAACCUUGUAACAAAGUCUGAUAAUGCCAUCAAGCUUGUUACAAGUUGUUAACAGCUUGUUCCAAACUUGUUACAACAACUGGGAACAAGCAAUGCGAACACAAUUUUUCGACAGCUUGUGAACGGACUUGUAGCAACUUGUUUGCAGACCUGUAACAACUUGUGCGUUUUUACAUGUGUAGUUUGACUGAUAUGAAUAUUUCUGGUAAUGAUCCAGUCAAACGAAGACAAGAGUUGACUGAUGCAUCGUUACGGGGAUAUUUCAAGGUCUAUACACACGUAAAAACGCACAAGUUGUUACAGGUCUGCAAACAAGUUGUUACAAAUCUGUUCACAAGCUGUCGACAAGUUGUGUUCGCACUGCUUGUUCCCAGUUGUUGUAACAAGUUUGGAACAAGCUGUUUAACAGCUUGUAACAAGCUUGAUGGCAUUAUCAGACUUGUGACAAGGUUGUUCUGACAAGUCUGAUUCAGUCAUGAUAUAUAACAAGAAUGUUACAAAAUUGACGACACAAGGUGGUAACAAUAUUGUUAUGUCAUGAUUGUAUCGGACUUGUUGGAACAGCCUUGCAACAAGUCUGAUAAUGCCAUCAAGCUUGUUACAAGUUGUUAACAGCUUGUUCCAAACUUGUUGACAACAUGGGACAAGCAUUGUUGACGACUUGUUGGCAUAUUUGCUACAAGAUGAGAUUUUUACGUGUGUACACACAUAAAAACGCACAAGUUGUUACAGGUCUGCAAACAAGUUGUUACAAAUCUGUUCACAAGCUGUCAACAAGUUGUGUUCUUCGCACUACACACAUAAAAAUCUCACAUCUUGUAGCAAGUUUGCCCACAAGCCGUCAACAAGUUGUGUUCGCACUGCUUGUCCCAAGUUGUCAACAAGUUUGGAACAAGCUGUGAACAACUUGUAACAACAUGUUGAUAUUAUCAGACUUUUUACAAGGUUGUUCCAACAAGUCUGAUACAGUUAUGAUAUAACAGUAUUGUUACAACCUUGUGUCGUCAACCUUGCGACAUUCUUGUUAUAUCAUGAUUGUAUCAGACUUGUUAGAACAACCUUGUAACAAGUCUGAUAAUUCCAUCAAGCUUGUUACAAGUUGUUGACAGCUUGUUCCAAACUUGUUCCAACAACUGGGAACAAGCAACUUUUUACGUAUGUACUUGUUCCUAGUUGUUGUGAAAGUUUGGAACAUGCUGUUUAAGUAACAAUUUGUAACAAGCUUGAUGGCAUUAUCAGACAUUUUAGAAGGUUGUUCUAACAAAUCUAAUUCAGUCAUGAUAUUAUAACAAGCUUAAGAAUGUUACAAGAUUGACGACAAAAGGUUGUAACAAUAUUGUUAUAUCAUGACUGUAUCGGACUUGUUGGAAUAACCUUGCAACAAGUCUGAUAAUGCCAUCAUGAUCAAGCUUGUUACAAGUUGUUAACAGCUUGUUCCAAAGAAAAAAUAUUCCGCUUCACCCUCGAAUAUAGGAUGCAUGUUAACAAGCACGACUGCAAUUGUGAGUUGUUUUACUUUCAUUUUUUCUCAGCUUUCUUUGUUCAAUUUCUUCGUUCAUUCCCCCAUUUCCUGCUUUCUUUGAUUCCUUCCUUUAUUUCUUUCGUCGUGUUGAUAUUUCCCUAAACGAAGUUUCCCCAUUUGCUCAUCCUUGGAGACACAGAAACAAACUUUAAGUUUUCCACCGGGUAAACAUAUACUCUAUUUCCCAAGCGUGAUUUUUUACAAUUUACACAUCUAAGGGGGCUGAUUACAUGGGGAGUUUUCAGCCCGGGCUGAAUUUCACCGCGCUGAAAUUGUUUCACGAUUACAUUGCAAAUUUCAGCCCGGGACGACUUAGAAUUUCUGUUCAAACCGGAUGAAUUCUCAGCCCGGGCUCUGAAUUUAACGAUCACGCUAGUCUCAAAAUGGAACUAUUCCGCUUCUUCGAAGGAUUUAAAAUGUUGUUCAUGUGAAUCAUGUCUAUUAUUUGACUUCUGCGAGACUGUGGUUGCAUUUAAAAAUAGAACAAAUAGAAAUAAAGCCACUUAAACGCUGUUUUUUCAACCCGGGUCAGUGGAAAUUUCCCGUCGAUCACACUGAUGACGAUUUUCAGACCAGUCAACUGGGAUAAAUUUUAGCCCGGAUAGCUUCAACCGCGGGCUGAAACUCAUCUCUGUCAUGUACUAAUGGUUUGCUGUGUUUUAAUAGGAAUUUAUCCUUAGGCCGGGCUGAAAUUUCAGCCCGGGAAACAGGACUGAAAACUCUCCAUGUAUAGCGGUCAGGCCCGUGAAUCUCUUCAUGUUUUUAAGAACAAUUUCAAGUACUGUUUAAAACAUUCGCAGCUGUGUUUAGUCAGAUAUAAAGAUACGAGGCGAAGCCGAGUAUCUUUAGGUCUGAUGACUCACUCUGAUAAAACACGCACUGCGAAUGUUUUCAAUUGUUUCAAAAACGAUCGAUCUAGUAAGUUCAUUGGCCGAAAGUAAUUUUAAAAAAAUACGUUGUGUAAGUCGAGAAAAUCAAAGUUAAAGUUUAUGUAAAUCAAGGGAAAUCUCUAUCACAUAAAAAGAUACGACACGCUUAUAUUUUUCUUUGUGUUUUCCUCAUGAAUUAUUAAUGAGUUUUUGAAUUUCUCUUCAUUCUACAGGAACAUUUGGAAAGUUGUGAAUAUGGUGACAUACUCUGCAUCAACGAUUGCGGCGCCAAGUUUCAAAAACGUUUCCUGCAGAAGCAUCUCGACAAGGACUGUCCAAAGAAGAUCAUCGCCUGCUCUUACUGUGAUGACCGACAUUUGAGAGAAGACAAGAAAGAGCACAUACAAGAAUGUCCGAAAAUUCCCCUGCCUUGUCCGAAUAAAUGUGAUAAAACCUUGAGCAUCUCUCGGGAUGAGGUACUAUAAGGGACCGGUCAUCAUUUAUGGGGGGGGGGGGGGGGUUGGCACCGAAGAGAAAUGUUAUUUUGUAAAAAAAUUUGCCGAUCCAACCAUUAAGAAGUCAAAAAUGUAUUUUAUCCAACCUCAGAUACCAAUUAAAAAUUGUUUUGUUUUUCAUUUACCCAACCUUUUACUCACUCAAAAUUUUGUUUACCCAACCCUUUUCUCUUCGGUGCAACCCCCUGCCAUAAAUAAUAAAAGAUCAUUUGAAUGAACUUUAUACUAUUACUACAAUCAAACUAAUAUAUAGCAAAUUCAAUUUUGAAUUGUCAAGUUCUCAAACAUCAAGCUUGAGCCCUGCUUGCCCCCCCCCCCCUUUCCCCUUCGCUGUGGAAAUAGUAUAGAAAAGAUUUUUCAUUGUAAUGUUUUCUUUUUUAGCUUGACAAGCACAUUGAAGAGAAUUGUCCAAAGACAAAGAUAAGUUGCGACUAUGAAGGCAUUGGCUGUGAACACAGGGUAAGAAAACUGUAUGUUUUGCAUGGGCGAGUGUCUGCUUUACACGUGCAAAAAUCUCACAUCUUGUAGCAAGUCUGCCAACAAGCCGUCAAUAAAUUGUGUUCGCACGGCUUGUCCCAAGUUGUCAACAAGUUUGGAAAAAGCUGUUAACAACUUGUAACAACCUUGUUGAUAUUAUCAGACUUGCGCAAGGUUGUUCUAACAAGUCCGACACAGUCAUGAUAUAACCAUAUUGUUACAACCUUGUGCCGUCAACCUUGUAACAUUCUUGUUAUAUUAUGACUGUAUCAGACUUGUUAGAACAACCUUGUAACAAAUCUGAUAAUACCAUCAAGCUUAAUGGGCAAUUCCAGCUUUAGACUAAAUUUUUAUUUAGGCAAGAAGAACAAAAUCCAUCACCACAGCUAGAAAGAGCAUGUUAAAAUUAGCAAACUUGCAAAGUUUGGUUGCGAAAUGAGGGAAAUACAUAUAUAUAUAAAUAUAAUUUGUAUUACGCACGGGAAUUUGCACCACUUAACCCAAAGGCAUGUGGUGCAUUUUUCCGUUCGUAAUACAAAUUAAUACAAAACAGUUUGCAAAUUUCGAAGGGCUAUAUUUUCCUCAUUUUACAACAUUUCGCAACCGAACUUUGCAAUUUUACUAAUUUUAACACGCUCUUUCUAGUUGUGGUGAUGGAUUUUAUUCUUCUUGCCUAAAUCAAGAUUUAGUCUAUAGCUGGAAUUGACCAUUGUUUCAACUUGUUAACAGCUCGUUCCAAACUUCAGUACAACACUGGGAAUAAGCAGUGCGAACGCAACUAGUCGAUAGCUUGAGGACAGACUUGUAACAACUUGUGCGUUUUUACGCGUGUAUACUUAAAAAAAUUCGAGUGUCCUUUCUAUCGAAGAUGAAAUCUAACUCAAUUAUCUCGCUUACAGUGCAGCCGCGAGAAAUUGCCCAAACAUUACAAGAGCGAUAUCAUCAAUCACGUAAAAUUUAUCUACGGCCUCGCAAUGCAAAACAAAGAAAGGCUGGACAAGCAUGAUGCUAGUCUCGUGGAGCACGUUAAUCUCAUCCAAGGCGUGGAUCGGCGCAUCGGAGAUCUCGAAAAAAUCGCGCACAACGCGAUGCUCUGGCGCGUCGAAGAUUACACGCGCAAACUGAAGGAGUCGAAGGCGGGAAAUUUGGAGACAUUGUUCAGCCCGACAUUCACAACCUCCAAACAUGGCUAUCGUUUGUGCGCAUCCGUCUGCUUGAACGGUGAUGGCAAGGGCAAGGGAACGCACAUGUCCAUCUUUGUCAGUGUUUUGAAAGGUACGGCAUUCAGAACUAGAUAGGCAAUUCCCAUUAUAUAGACUUUGCAAAAAAAGUAUAUUCCCGGAAAGAGCAUACUAAAAUGAGUAAAAUUGCAAAGUUUGGUUGCGAAAUGUUGUAAAAUGCGGAAAAUAUAGCCUUGCAAAGUUCGCAAAUUUUGUAUAUUUUUGUAUUGCGUGCGGAAAUUGCUACCAUGAACAUUUGGGCCGAUUUGCAAACUUUGCAAGGCUAUAUAUAUUUUCCGCAUUUUGCAGCAUUUCGCAACCAAACUUUGCAAUUUUACUCAUUUUAGUAUGUUCUCUCUAUAGGCUAUAAGCUGUGGUGAUUUAUUUGCAUCUCCUUGCCUAUAGCCAAAAUUAGUCUAUUAUAAUGGGAAUUGUCUAUUGCAUGUAUAUUCCAGUGAGGUCUAUAUAUAUACUAAUUUAUUAUGGAUAUCUGAAACAAGAACUAUAGUCAUUCGGAGGAUCUCAGUGACACUAUGUCCAUGCAAAAUUUCAUGACAGCACUAUGAAUAGUUUCGGAAUGGGAUCGAUUCACUUUUUUUAUUUUGAAUGGUCUAAAUAUUGUGAAAGUUGUAUUCCCGCAACCAAAAUUAAGCUUUUAUUUCUCAGCCAAUGCAAAUUGUACGCUACGCCCACCAAAAUUUCAGGUCAAAUAGCGAGGAUCUGAAAAUAUGUCCAUGCAAAAUUUCAUGACAGCGCUAUGAAUAGUUUCGGAAUGGAAUCAAUUCUCUUUUUUGUUUUUGAAAAGUUGGUAUUUACAGUGGCGCUCCUUGGCCGUUUUAAGUUUGGAGGGGGGAAGGAAUGGGUUCAGUUGACACUCCAUUUUUACCGAAGAAAAGGGCGUUGCUCCACUUACCCUUCCCUUCGAGGUAGUGGUGUAUAACUGAAAUGAUAACAAAGGGGGGCUCUUAAGGGGUGGGGGUUUGGUGACAUGCAAUACGUGAGGGCGACAAGCCGUGCAUAAAAAGUUGGCGAUGACCUCUCCAUUUUCAAUUUUACUGACAAUCUCUAGCGAAAAAUGGAGAGGAAAGGAGUUGCACAACCGCCCUGGAACUAUACAACCCUGAUUAUUCAUGAGAAAUUUUUCCCCUUUUUAGGAGCAUACGAUGCUCUUCUAAAAUGGCCAUUUGAUUACCGAGUAACCUUCUUCCUGCUCGACCAGAACGACGAUCCGAACGAACGUAAACACAUCAAGUUCAGCAUCAAGCCCAACCCCUGCGCGGAGAACGAGCCGUUCCUGGGGCGACCCAGAAUGGAAAAGAAUGCCAGUUUUGGAGGAGCGAAAUUUGUCCGACACGAUGAUGUCGAAACAAGAAAAUAUCUCAAAGAUGAUACUGUCUUCAUAAAGGUCGUCGUCGACUGUGACGGAAUGAGCGAGCCUUGAGACGAAGUUGGUUUUCAAACAUUCAUAUAAUAAUAUAUUGUGUUUUUUUCGUGUGCUUUUACGCAGGGCGUAAGAGUAUAUUGUAUUUCUUUACGUUCUGCGCGGGGUAAGUGGCUUUUUAAUGCCAGGGGACUCCUGUAAGGCUUGUCAUUUUCGAAAAUGGAUAGUUCCAAAUGUAAAAUGGGCAGUUUCUAAAAUUUAAAUUUGAGUUUUCGAGCUUUAUACUAUUAUGUUUCUGGUCAGCGUGUCUGUCCUAAAUUGACGCGCGCACUGUGGCUUUUUUUCUUCAUCAGUUUUUUUAAAUUCAUGAGAACGCUUUUUGCAGAAAAUGCGAGUAGUACAUUUCUAGUUUCCAAAAGUGCCGGCUACAUUGAUUUUUAUGCUUUUAUGUUAAACUGUCACCCGACGUUUACGUAGAAUAAAAUGCAAACUACUAUAGAAUACUAUUAAAUGUUCAGGUGUAUAAAAUAAUAGAAAUUUAUAUGAAAUAGACCCAUUGCACUGACGCCACAAAUCCUUAUAGAGUGUCCUCCAGAUGCUCCCUAACAAUAUCUGUUCGGGUACAACAACCACAUACAGCGCAAAAAUUAACCAUCAUUUUAAUACAUUAUAUUAUAAACUUUUACAAAAUUUGCUUUGUUUACAAGUGUUAUAUUAUGCAUAGAUUGCUAUAGAUUUGUCCUCCAGAUGCAUCGUCACCGGCGCUGUGACGUCAUGUGCAAUGGGUGUAUAUCACAAAUAUGAAAUAUCACAAGAAUAUGGCUUAUUCUCUUACACAAAUCAUGCCAAAAUAUGCAGUUCGCGUUUGAGUACUACUAAUAUGUAUAUCAGUUCAUAAACAUGUAAUAUAUUACUUUCGUGUUAAAAUUUCAGUAGAUUUUCUUGACCAGGGAAAAAAUUUCCUUGAGAUGAUCAGCCGGUUGUCAUAAAAAAGCGUUGACGCGCAUAGUCAAAGAUGGCGUGCGCGCUGACCAGAAGGCAGACUGGCCUUUUUUGCCUAGGCUAAGGGCUAUAAAGCUUAAUUUAACAAGUACAGAAGGAAAGCCAAAGUUCAAAGCCACAUGACAGACGGGCUUAGAAAAUCCAUGUCAGAAAAACAAAAUCUCAGAUUUAUAUAAUAUUGCAUCCAUAUAGCUAUCAAUUAUAGUUUUCGCAAAUGAUUCAAUGAAUUAGCAAAUUUGCACUGUAAAAAUUUUAGGCAUUCAAUUUCGAAGCAUAAAUUAGUUUCACUGAAUUGAAAUGUAUGGAAAGAAUAUUAAUGCUGAAACUAUAUAACCUGUAAAUAUGAGUAGCGCAUGCACAAUAAGCUAUAUUAAAACAUAAUAAAGUUCUGAAAUUCAUAUCAAUUGCGCAAGCAAUGUGUUUUUUCAUUAUGUAUCGAAUCUAU